AUGAAUCAACAACCACCACCGAAGAAACAAAAAACGGGUAAACAAAUCAUCUAUCUCCCAGAUGAAAUAGGGGAACUCAUUGUUUCUUAUAUCCCUGACCACUAUUUAGAAGCAAACCUUUUCACUCCACUCAUUGGAGAGUUUAUCGCAAUGAAAUUAUAUCGAUAUAUCCAUGUUGGGUCUUUAUUUUCAAAAUUGGGUGGGCAACUACAAUUUAAAUUUGUUGACAGUCAAAGGGGCCUACAAGGAAUAGUGUCCCAGAGCUUUUUUAAUGACGAGAAUUUCGUUAGUGCUAAGGAUUCUUACACGGAAUUAUCAGUGAAUCAGUUUGUUCAAUUGAGCAAAAAGUACCCCAGAUUCAAACCCCAUAUCAUUCAUUUCCAUCUGCUUAACAGACUUUUCUGGAUGCAUCACAGGUAUCCUGAGAUAUUAAGAAAAUUGCCAAGAGUAGAUGUUUCAUUGAGAGAUGAUUCAAAUCGAGCAUCAUCCUUGGUUGCAUUGCCUUAUAAUAUUUACCUGAUUUCAGAUAUUCCAAAAGUAUUCACCGAAGUGAACUUGUUAUCCAACAUCUCUGGGCUUUGCGCCGAUUAUCUUCCACAGAUUGCGGAUAAAAGUUGGGGUAAAGAUCUUCAAGAGCUUGAAUUGAGGUGGGAAAAAGGAUUGGGUGAACUACCGCAUUUAUUUCCUAACUUGAAAAAGUUAAGAAUCGAUAGCCUCGACUCACUUGGGAUCGGGACCCUCCGUUUCCCUUCAAAACUACAAUGCUUAAAUAUACGGGUAGAACACAUCGAAAGAUUGGAUGUCUCGUACUUGGACGGCUUGACAGAAUUUGUAGCAGAGAUUGGCUACGGCUCAAACAUAUUGGAUAAGAUCAAGUUUCCUCUUGGAAUUGAGCGGGUGAUCUUGUUUUGUGAUUAUUAUGGACCGGUCACAGAAGCACCUGCUAAUUUAGAAAUAUACCCCAAUUUAAGAGAUUUUCGCAUUUACUAUUCUUAUAUACAUUCACCUUGGGAGGUUUCCGUAACAAUAGGAGAACUUUUGAAAAUUCCAGAUACUUUGAAGAUACUUUCAGUCGAUCUUGAACCAGGGCUGUUGCUUCCUGCCAACUUAAUCCUACCACAUUCGCUAACAGUUUUAUCACUCAGCAAUAUCCCUUUGGAUUUUGUUGACAGACGAGGUAAUGCCUGGUCUUCAGUUAUAUUUCCAGAAACUCUCGUUGAGCUAAUACUUCAGAUAGCAUAUUUGGAAGGUAUUACAUUACCCAAAUCGUUGCAACGUUUGUACCUCACAACAACCCUUCCAAUCGAAUCUGUGAAAUUCCUUGAUUUGAAGAAUUUAACCAACCUAAAACUUGAUGGUAACUGUGUUGGCGCCAAGCUUAUUUGCAAAUUUCCUUCCAGUUUAGAAUCUUUGGAAGUAUUAUUCGAGGACAUCCCUCUCGAAAAAGUAGUCAUUGAAGCAUCAAAUUUAAAACAGAUAGAAUUCAAGGAUCUACCGUUUAAAUGCAUUGGAACUUCCAACUUUCAGUUGCCUGAUUGCGUGGAACUGCUUUCGUUCCUCACCAUCAAGAAACAUGAAGUUUCUGAAAUGGAAGAAAACCUUAGAUCUAGGCAUGGCGAGAUCAAAAGAAACGUUUUUCCAUCCCGGUUGAGGGAAUUGUACUUAAAAGGAUGCUUUAUAACAUCAGAUAUAUUGGAAGGAAUAGGCUUACAAAGCAAUUCGAAUCUAGAGAAAUUGGAUUUACUGUAUAAUAGCAUUUCUCGAUUAGAGAAGCUUCCAUCAUCACUAAAAUCACUACGUCUCGACGGCAACCCGAUUUCUAAGUUUUUGACUCCAACAAUCUUCUCGGAUCUAACAAAAUUACGCGAGCUUAGAAUGGCAGACACUAAAAUCAAUGAAUAUUUUGAAUCCGACCAAUCAACGGUAUUAAAUUUCCCGUCAUCGUUGGUCAUCUUGAAUCUAUCGAACAAUAAGUUGCAACCCGGUGUUGCACCACGGUUACUACUUCUGGGUUGUGCUCAAUUACAGGAGUUAUGGUUAUCUGGAAAUCGUGCCAUGACCGAUGUUCAGGUAAUUAUAGACACGGUCAAAUCGGCGAGCCCUGAAAUAGUCGAGUUAAGGUUAGACGAAGAGGUUCGCAAAUAUGUCAAGGUAGAAGGGGAUAAUUUUUUAUCGUUUUAG